AAAUAUUCCACAAACCUGAGGACCAACAUGAAAAAGUACCCUAAUAAUUCGGAUCCGAACAAAAGAAAACAAAAGUUAUACCCGACCAGUCCUACUCCCCACCAUGAAACACGACAACUUUUCAGGGACUUUUUUAUAAUUUAAACUUUUUCCAGGGCCUUUAUAAAAAAUUCCAAAUCUUAGUAUAAAACCAGCCUCACUCCCAUCUCCUUCUCCAUUCCCAAAGCUCCGAGAAUCGCCGGAAUGCCACCGCCGUCACCGUCUCCGGCGAUCUCUUCCGCCGAGAAUCGCCCUCGGAUCUCCUUCAGCUUCGACGCCGUCCCCGAUUCAGAGAUGGAUCGUAUUGCACUGACUUCCGAUCGCGACUUCGAGUUCCACCUCGCCGAUCCUGCCCCGAUGCUCGCCGCCGAUGAGCUCUUCUCAGGAGGUAAGCUCGUUCCUCUACAUUCUCGUUGUGAGGUACCCCAUCCCCAACCCUCGCCGGAACCCUUCGAUCCUUCGCCUAGGGCUCCGACGUGCUCGAUCCGAUGGCGGGAUCUUCUCGCCCUCAGAGCCAAACUGAAUCGCAAACCCUCAUCGAACCCAGAAACCAAAAAACCCCCAAUCUCAAACCCUAACCCUAACCCUAGAUCUCAUUCCCGCUCAUCGAUUGAGCCGUCCUUAAGCCUGCCCCUUCUCCGAUCAUCGGGAGAGGAUCGAGAGGAGAGUCCGGGGAUGAAGGCGAGAAAGCGGAGGCCGGCGAGGAGAUCGAGGGUGGUGACGGUGGAGAGCCCGAGGAUGAACUCAUCGGGGAGAGUAGUGUUCCAUGGGUUGGAGAGGAGCUCGAGUGGUGGCAAUGGCGGAGCGAGGAUUCAGGUGAGGGUCCGACCAGUGAUCAACGUUCCGGUUGGGUCCCUCGUCGGCGGUGGCGGUGGCGGCGGCGGAGGAGGAGGGCAUUUGAAGGGUGGUUCAGUGCUUGGGUUUGGGAUUCAGAGCAGCAGAAGAAAGGCCAUGCAGUCGGAGUCUUUGAAACUUUGAUUUUUUUUUUUUUAAUUAUUAUUUUUAUUUGGAAUUUUAA